AUUAAAUACUGUAUAUAAAGAGCCACAAAAGCAGACCAUUAUCCACUCAGCUCCUUCUUCACUUCUUUUCCUCUACUUCAGAAAAAAGGACUUAAUAGCCAUGAAGGUCCUCAUCCUUGCCUGCUUGUUGGCUCUUGCCCUUGCAAGAGAGAAAGAAGAACUCAUUGUAUCCAGUGAGACUGUGAAAAGCCUUUCAAGCAGUGAGGAAUCUGUUAUGCACAUCAAUGAGAAAAUUGAGAAGUUUAAACAUGAGGAACAGCUGCAAACAGAGGAUGAACGCCAGGAUAAAAUCCACCACUUUUCCCAGCCACAGCCUCUAGUCUAUUCCUACACUGGGCCAAUCCCUUACCCUAUUCUUACACAAAACAUCCUGCCUCUUGCUCAGCCCCCUGUGGUGGUGCCUUUCCCUCAGCCUGAAAUAAUGGAAGUCCCCAAAGCUAAGGAGACUAUCCUUCCUAAGCAUAAAGAAAUGCGCUUCCCUAAAUCUCCAGUAGAGCCCUUUAUUGAAAGCCAGAGCCUGACUCUCACUGAUCUUGAAAAUCUGCACCUUCCUCUGCCUCUGCUCAAGUCCUUGAUGCACCAGCCUCCCCAUCGUCUUCCUCCUACCCCCAUGUUUCCUCCUCAGCCACUGCAGUCCCUUUCUCAGCCCAAAGUCCUGCCUAUUCCCCAGCAAGUGGUGCCCUACCUCCAGAGAGAUAUGCCCAUCCAGGCCCUUCUGCUGUACCAGGAUCCUGUACUUGGUCCUAUCCGGGGGCUCUACCCUGUUAUUGUCUAAGAGGAUUUCAAAAUUAAUGCCCCCUCCUCACUUUUGAAUUGACUGCGACUGGAAAUGUGGCAACAUUUCAAUCCUUGCAUCAUGCUACCAAAAUAGUUUUUAAAUGAAUCAACAUGGAAAAAUAUGCAACUUUAUUCCUUUAUUUAUUUUAUGCUUUAUAUGGCAUUCAUCUUAAUUUGAAUUUGACUUAUAAACUCUAUAUUUUCAAAAGUUUAAUUCAACAAAAUUUCAACUUUAAGUGGGAAAUACCAUAAACAUAUCAAAAAUAUGUAUAAAAAUAAUUUCUGGAUUUGUGUUUAUUAUUUCUUUAAGAAUCUCUUUCCUAACCAGUCAUUUCAAUAAAUUAAUCCUUAGGCA